UCUUGAGCUCUCAAGGCUUGGUUUUUUGCCGUCAAUGGAAGAAGAAGACAUCUACACCAAAGAUGGAACCACAGAUUUCCAUAACAAGCCUGCCAUCAAGAAAGAAACUGGAACCUGGAAAGCCUGCUCUUACAUCCUAGGAAACGAAUGUUGUGAAAGAUUAGCAUACUAUGGAAUCAACACAAAUCUCGUCAAUUAUCUCAAAUUUCAACUACACCAAACCAAUGUUGUAGCCGUCAAUAAUGUUACAAAUUGGUCAGGGACCUGCUAUGUCCAACCCCUGCUUGGAGCCUUUCUAGCCGAUGCCUAUUUGGAAAGAUAUUGGACAAUCGCUUGCUUCUCUAUUAUUUAUGUCUUUGGGAUGACAUUGCUGACAGUAUCAGCCUCUGUUUACGGACUAAAGCCACGCUGUGAUGACAACCUUUGCCAUCCCACAGGAUUGCAAACCACAGUGUUCUUCAUAGGACUCUACCUGAUAGCUCUCGGGACCGGUGGGAUUAAGCCAUGUGUCUCAUCCUUUGGAGCAGACCAGUUUGACGAUGCUGAUGAAGCAGAGAAGAAAAACAAGACCUCUUUCUUCAACUGGUUUUAUUUGUCGAUCAACAUCGGGGCUCUCAUUGCCGCUUCUGUGCUUGUCUGGAUACAAACAAAUGUGGGCUGGGGCUGGGGCUUCGGCAUCCCAGCCAUGGCAAUGGCGAUUGCUGUCGUGAGUUUCUUCUGCGGCACACGCCUGUAUAGGAACCAGAGGCCUGGAGGGAGUCCCCUCACACGCAUAUCUCAAGUCCUCGUUGCUUCCUUCAGGAAAUUUCGAGCAGAUGUGCCGACAGACAAAUCUCUUCUUUAUGAGACUCUGGACGAGGAAUCUGCCGUCAAAGGAAGCCGCAAGCUUCAUCAUACACAACGAUUAUGCUGCUUAGACAAGGCCGCUGUGGAGACUCAAUCGGAUCGAAUCAAAGGGUCGGUGAAUCCUUUGAGACUGUGCAGUGUGACUCAGAUCGAAGAGCUCAAAUCCAUUAUCCGAUUGCUCCCAGUAUGGGCCACCAGCAUAAUCUUUUCCGCCGUGUACAGUCAAAUGGGCACCUUGUUUGUUCUCCAAGGCAACACAAUGGACCUCCACAUGACCCCAUCAUUCGAAAUCCCCUCCGCGUCCGUCUCCCUCUUCGACACCAUCAGCGUCAUCUUCUGGGUACCAAUUUACGACCGUGUAAUCUUUCCGUUGGCCGGAAAGUUCACCGGCCACAAGAACGGAUUCACCCAACUCCAAUGCAUAGCAAUCGGCCUCGUUAUUUCAAUCUUCUCCAUGUUAGUCGCCGCUACUUUAGAGCUCGUAAGACUCCGGGAGUUGAGGAAGCAAAACUACUACGACCUCAACCACAUGCCCAUGUCAAUAUUUUGGCAAAUCCCUCAGUAUUUCAUCAUCGGAUUCGCCGAAGUUUUCACCUUCAUAGGGCAGCUGGAAUUCUUUUACGAGCAGGCGCCUGAUGCCAUGAGGAGCUUGUGCUCGGCUCUGUCGCUCACAACGACAGCCGCGCUGGGAAGCUAUUUGAGCACGCUGCUCGUUAAUGUCGUCACCGGCUUCAGCGCAACGCAUGGCCAGCCGGGAUGGAUUCCGGACAACUUGAAUUAUGGCAAUCUUGACUAUUUUUUCUGGCUUCUGGCUGUGCUGGGCAUAAAGUAUAAGCAUACCAUGGCAGAGGAAGACAUCUAUACACAAGAUGGCACUCUUGACAUCCAUAAGAAUCCUGCUGACAAGAGAAAGACUGGAAAUUGGAAAGCUUGCCGGUUUAUUCUUGGAAAUGAAUGUUGUGAGAGGUUGGCAUACUAUGGUAUGGGCACCAACCUGGUUAAUUAUCUUAAGGAUCGUCUCAAUCAGGGAAAUGUCACAGCCUCCAACAAUGUCACCAAUUGGUCAGGGACCUGCUACAUCACACCAUUGAUUGGAGCCUUUCUUGCUGAUGCAUACUUGGGAAGAUAUUGGACAAUUGCUGGUUUCUCAAUUGUCUAUGUUUUUGGGAUGACACUCUUAACAUUGUCUGCUUCCGUCCAUGGACUAGAGCCAUCAUGCGAUAAGAAUGGUUGCCACCCAACAAAAACACAGAUUGCAGCCUGUUUCAUAUCACUUUACUUGAUUGCUCUUGGGACUGGUGGAAUCAAGCCAUGCGUCUCUUCUUUCGGUGCCGAUCAAUUUGAUGAAACCGGUGAGACAGAGAGGAAAAAGAAGAGCUCUUUCUUCAAUUGGUUUUACUUUUCCAUCAAUAUUGGCGCACUUAUCGCUUCCUCAGUCUUGGUUUGGAUACAAAUGAAUGUGGGCUGGGGAUGGGGGUUCGGAAUCCCAGCAGUUGCAAUGGCCAUUGCAGUUGGGUUUUUUUUCUCAGGCAGCCGGUUGUACCGACUUCAGAAGCCUGGAGGGAGCCCUCUUACAAGGAUUUUCCAGGUUAUUGUCGCAUCCUUUCGGAAACAUAAUGUUGAAGUACCUGCUGAUAAGUCUCUUCUUUAUGAGACUGCAGAUGAGGAAUGUACUAUCAAAGGAAGUCGCAAGCUUGAACACACUGACAAGUUAAGGUUCUUUGACAAGGCUGCGGUGGAGACCCAAACUGACCAAAUUAAAGGCUUGACAAACCCAUGGAGACUCUGCUCAGUGACUCAAGUGGAAGAGCUCAAGGCCAUUAUUCGGCUGCUCCCAGUAUGGGCAUCUGGGAUAGUUUUUUCAACAGUUUACAGUCAAAUGAGCACCAUGUUUGUUUUACAAGGCAACACAUUGGAUCCACACAUGGGUCCUAGCUUCAAAAUUCCGUCAGCAUCGCUCUCCCUCUUUGACACGCUUAGCGUGAUCUUCUGGGCCCCAGUGUAUGACCAAAUCAUUGUCCCAUAUGCAAGGAGAUUCACUGGCAAUGAAAGGGGCUUCACCCAGCUCCAAAGAAUGGGCAUUGGCCUUGUCAUUUCUAUUUUCGCCAUGAUCGCUGCUGGGAUUCUGGAGGUUGUUCGGCUCGGCAUUAUUAGGAGGAACAAUUACUAUGACCUCACCUACAUUCCCAUGUCAAUUUUCUGGCAAAUCCCACAGUAUUUUCUCAUUGGAUGUGCAGAAGUAUUCACUUUCAUUGGACAGUUGGAGUUUUUCUAUGACCAAGCACCUGAUGCUAUGAGAAGCUUGUGCUCAGCUCUGUCACUCACAACUGUGGCAUUGGGGAAUUACUUGAGCACUCUGCUCGUGACAAUUGUGACAGAAGUCACCACAAAGAAUGGGAAGCUUGGUUGGAUUCCAGAUAAUCUGAACAGGGGCCAUCUUGAUUACUUUUACUGGCUCUUGGCCAUUCUCAGCCUGCUCAACUUCUUGGUCUAUCUCUGGAUUGCUAAGUGGUAUACAUACAAGAAAGCCACAGGGCGUGCUUACUGACGAGAUGAAUGUUAGUGGAUGAACAAAGUUUUCUUCCAAAUUAGGAGAAUGGUCUACUGUUCUUGCCAACGUGAUCUGUUAUGGGCCGGCACAGUCGCACAGCCUAACUUCAACAUCAGCAACCAAAUGGGUAGCCCAACUUCAAUGCAUACUCUUCUCCUAUCCCAUUUUCAUCUCAAUGGGCUGGUAUGAUUGUGUAUAUCGGUUGUCGAAUUGAUUCAAUUUCUAAUGGAUAACUGCCACGAUUA